AUGUCUAGGCCGUGCGUUUUAACGUCUCCGUUCCCACCGCAUUUUGGAGGGGGGAACAUGCCCAGCAAGAGGCCUCGGGCGCAAAUUGGGCUUCGCUGCACGGGUGUGAAAAUGGAACUGGCAGCAUUCACUUUGACGAAGGGCGAAGCUGCGCGUGCAGAUGAAGAAUGGGUGCAUCGCAAAAAUGAUGUGGAGCGCCGGGUCCUCCCUGGAAGAGUCGGCGUGCUGCCGGCAGGCGGUUUCAGGAACUCCAGGACUAGGCGUUUCGGAUUUAGGAGGUUAGCAGCCAAUGGGCAGCCGGAAUCACGGAAUCAGGGGCUCGGCUAA